GUGUGUGUUCUGCAGUAUUUUAUUUUUAACUUCAGCAGCUCAGUGAUCAGGUUGAUGCUCCAUCAGUCCGAGGGCUCCAGUGCUUUGUGACAUCACCAGGUGGUCCAUGACCCGCGUUGUCCAGGUGACCUCCAGGUCCUGAUUGGAUCCUGAUCCUCCUUCCAACUCAUUGGAUCUGGAUCAGAACUUUCCCUCCAGGAUUCAACAUCCCGUCUGAAGGCAGCUGGAAUCUGACUCCCCGCCAGCAGGGGGCGCCUCUCCAUCGCUGUCAUCUUUGCAGAACCUGCUGGCGUUGUCGGCUCUAGGUUCUGGUUCUGGUUCUGCCACAGGAAUCCUGGGUCAACAGCAGGUGUUUAACUCCUCAGUUCUUCAGGCUGAGUAUCAGAACCCGGGUCAGAACCAGAACUGGAUCCAGGAAGACCUCAGUCUGGCCCAUCGCUGCUCUCUGCUGCCACCUGGAGGCGCACUCCAAACGGGACAGACGAUCCGAUGGUCGCGCGUCGGUAAUCAGGUGGUUCUGCUGCUGCCACUCGCUCCCUGCGCCGCCCCCUGCUGGACGCAGAGGGAACUGCAGUUCUGCUGAGUUCUGGUUCUGGAUGUUUCCGCGCCUGGUCCAGAAGUCUUCGGCAGGCACCAGGAAGUUAGUGUUGCUAUGGAGACAGUAAGGCUGCUUCCUGAUCAGCUCAGAUCUGACUGAGCUCUAAGGGUUAAUUAGGGCUGGGAGGAAGAGGAGGAGGAGGAGGAGGAGGAAGAGUCGCGCAGCGGCUCCGUCAGUCGGUCGGAACCAGCUGAGGAAGAGGAGGAAGCCGCUUCUUCAGCUGCGGUAAGACUAGCCUUCCUCCUCUUCAUUCCUCCGUCCUUCUUCAUCUUCGUCACCCCCUUCAUCUUCAUCAUCAGCUGCAACAGUGGGCGCGUGCCCGUGGUUCUGCUCGUGCAAAUGUUGAAAUGGUGAUGAAGAAACACCGUCCAUCUCCUCCCUGCGUGCGUGAGUGCGCGCGCUGCUGCGGUCAAUGCACGCGCACGCGCUCGUGCAGGCGCUGAGUAAAUAUAGAAAAUGAUGCGUCAGAGUGGCGCGGUGACAUAGCAACGGUGACGCCGCAUUCCUUCACAGCUUCAUCAUCAUCAUCAUCAGGUGACUGAUGAACACAUGCAGGACAGGGCGCGUGGAUCAAUACUGCAACUCCCAGUCUGACCAGUCAUGUGACUUCAGAGAGGAUGUUCAGUCUUGAGCGAGCUUCCAGUGGACGCCAGGUGUAGGGAGGCAAAGGAUCAUGGGAGAUGGAGGGCCCCUGCAGACGGAGGGGAACGCUCUCCUCAAAGCUGUGUUCCAGGGAAAGUUGCGGCUCGCCCGGUUGCUGCUAGAAGGCGGAGCCUACAUCAACGAAGGCAACGAACGGGGAGAGACACCCAUCUCCGCCGCCUGCCUGGGGAACUAUGACGACCCACAGACCCGCCAGAGGAUGGUCCGCUACCUGCUGGAGAAAGGCGCUGACCCCAACAUCCCAGACAAGAGCGGCCGCACGGCGCUGAUGCAUGCCUGCGCCGAGCGGGCAGGGCAAGAGGUGGUGACCCUGCUGCUGGAGAACGGGGCAGACCCCAGCCUCAGAGACUAUGCCGGUGCCUCCGCCCUGGUCCACGCCAUCAACAGGGGAGACCGUGACACGCUGCAGGUACUGCUGGACGCCUGCAAGGCCAAGGGCAAGGAGGUGAUCAUUAUCACCACUGACACAUCUCCGUCGGGCACCAAGAAGACCAAGCAGUACCUGAACUCGCCACCCUCACCUGGCAUCGUGGACAAACUGUCCCCUGCUUGCAUGUCUCCUUCAGAAGUGGAGAUCGGCACUGCGUCACCUGCAGGGGACAGGACCAAUGGCCAGGAGGGCAUCUUCAGCUUUGCGCUCACCUCGGCCUUACCACUGCCUUCCGCUCGGCCUCCAGGUGAGAAGCGGCCCCCGCCUCGGAAGCUCCUGAAGAGGCUGAACUCGGAGCCCUGGGGCCUGGUGGCACCCUCGGUGCUGAGCGGAGUUCCUCCGGACCGGCUGGACACGGGUCUGGAGGAAGAGGGCAGCAACGAUCUGAGCAGAGCCACCGCCGAGAUGAACGGUCUAUCCAUCUCGGAGCCGGUCCGGACUCGGUUGUCACGACGACACAGCAUCGAGACGCACGACCCCUGCUCUCCCAAACCCAUUGACCGGUCUUGCUCUGAGGACUGCACUGGCCUCUCUGCCACGUCCUGGGCCGACAAGGUGCAGCAGCACCAGAUCCUGUACCGGAGAAACACCGCCCCUGAACCCCAGGAGAACGCCGGGGGGCCUGGGGCUAUCCGGCUCCUGGUGCACCCUAAACUGAGCCGCAUGGAGCACUACGAGUCCGACACUCAUCUUUGUCCAGAGUCCAUCCCUGGAUCGCCGGACUCCGGGCGGGUGUCAGUGGAACGGCGACGGUAUAAUGCCUCCCCGUUGUCCCUGGUGACCAGCUCAUCCAGGGAGUCUCUGGAGAACAUUCCUAACUCGGUGUCACCCAUCACCGUGCGCCGUCGGCCCCCAGGUCUGCUGGAGCGCCGCGGCUCCGGGACGCUGCUGCUGGACCACAUCUCCCACACUAGGCCCGGCUUCCUGCCUCCUCUCAACAUCAACCCCCACAGACCCAUUCCUGACAUUCGAGCCAAUGGAAAACCUACCUCCCCUGUUCACAGCGGACACAAGAUCCUGGUCCCCAUGGCCCCAAUAUCUCCCAAGCGGGGCCCCGAAUCCAAAAUGAAGAAGAAGCUGAUGAGGAGGCACUCCAUGCAGACAGAGCAGAUGAAGCAGCUCUCCACCUUCCAGGAGAUCCUGGCUGAGAAGGUGGUUGAGUCCAAUGGGGAUUGAUGACAGGAGGCAACAAAGCAUGAUGGGUAGCUGCUGAGUCCCAGCUAACACCAGGUCCUGGUGACUGAGGUGAGCUUUGUUUGACACCACCUGACUGGAUCAAUUCUGUUCACUGAGGUUUGGGUCGAAGGGAUGGUUCUGAUCCAAUGGGAUGUUCCCUGCAGCCGUCAGAAUGGUACCAGUGUGGAGAAUCAGAGCUUUUCCCCAUCUAAAACAUCAACUUGGAGGUGCAUUUGAUUCAGAGAUGGUCCUGUAUGACGAUAUGUUGGUGCUGGAGACUCGACAACCAGGCAGAUCCUGAACCUCCAGGCGAGAAACAGGGCAGAGGAGGUUCUGAUUGGAGCCACACAGUGGCUCCUACAGGACCAGAACCUUUCAGACCUAAACCCUCCAAGAUCCAGCCAGUGGUCAACCCUGGGUUCUGGUGGUAUCUCUGCUGAGGUGUGGGGGCGUCUCAGAGAGUUAGGGAUGGUCCUCUAAAGACACACCAUCCAAAGUAUGGAGAACUGAAUGAACCUCCUCACAUCACUGUGUUCUGGAUCAGAACCGGUCCUGUAAUGUAACCGGGUCGAUUUCUCUGAGGUGGAUGAUCUUCAGGACCUCCCCAACCAGGAUCAGAGGCUGCGUGACUGCAGGGAAGGUACUGAACCGCUCAGAACCAGAACUCUGGUCCAGGUUUUCUGCAGAUCUCAGCAAGAACCUGAGGAGAGUCUGAUGCAGGCGAGGUGAAACCUGACCCCUGAGGACCGGAGGCACUUCUGGCACAGAACCAAACUCUACAAGAACUUUUUCUUUAACAACCUCAAACCAAGACAGAGUAACUAAACCCCAAAAUACUCUCUAUAACCGGUUCUUAAGAGUCCUGUCUUAUUUUUUGUACAGACAUUUUCAUGCAAAUUUGAUUAAUUCUGCAAUAUUUUUUGUCUAAAACCGUCUCAGUGCUGCCCUCAUUAGGUUGAAGGGUGGCUACUGCAUCUGAUUUUUCCUGUUGGUUCCAGCUUUACGUCACUCAGCUGGCAUUAGUGCUAACCCCUCCCUCAUCCCCACACUUGGCUCCGCCCACAUUGGUGGUUUUUUCAUAAAUUUGUCAGGGGGCGGAGCUUUGCUUUCUGUUAAUUACACUUUAAAUCAGCCUGAAGGUGGCGCUUCUGUCCUGCUGCGCGUCACAAACUGAAUGCUCAGAUCUCAUUUGAACGGUUUGCUGAUGUGCAAAGACUGACCCCUGGUGGUCACAGCAGAUUCAGCAACAGGUCUCUUGCAGGUUCACGGAUCUCAAGUCAGGUUUCAUCUGCAGCUCGGGCUAAGCUCAAACUAAAUCUGACCCGUAUUGUAAUGAUUCAACUGAAAAAAAUGAACAGUUAUUUUACAGAGUUAUUCCAGAUUGAUAUCAAAUAAUCUAUAUUUGAAGUGUUUCAGUUAAUGUGGAUCAGGGUGUCAAACUCCAGUCCUGGAGGCCCUGAAACCUUUAGAUGAGCCUCUGCUGCAGCACCUGAACAGAAUAAUGAGGUCAUUAAGGUUCUGGAGAACCGGUCCACACCAGAAGGUCAUGAAGCCGUUUCAUUCCAGAGUUUUGUACCUGAGGCUCAUCUAAAACCUGCAGGACAGCGACUGCAGUUUGACACCUUUGAUGUAGAUGUUCUGGUUUAGUUGAAACCUGAAGUUCAGGUUCUGAGAAAAUCAGAUCAAGCCAAUAAAUAAAGUACUUUAAUCCAGAA